GCGAAGGCAAAUUGCAAACAACGUUUUGGUGCAAAUUCUAGUUAGGUUUGUGAACAAAGAGAGAGUACCAGACUAGCGGCAACUCCACAGAAGCAAAAUUAUUCUGUUUUAUACUAGGAAGCUGUUGAAAUUUGUGUGUGAGUGGUGCUGGGAGGGUUGCUUAUGGUUUCUUUUGGGUCUAAGGCAUUGCCAUUGAGACGACUUGUAGGCAUAAUGGGUGAUGAGGAUAAUUCACACAAACGGAGUAGAAAGAAAAUGGGUAUGAGCCGAAAGCCUGACAAACAAAGUAAUUCCUUUGAUGCCAAUGUCAACAAAAAUGGAUCCGGGCGGGGCUCACAACGUCAAAGCGAUUGGGAAACACAAAGAGCAGUUGUUAGGAAACAGGUUGAUCCCGAAACCACAAAGUACUUUUCGGAAAUUGCUAACCUUAUUGAGAGUAAUGGGGUUGAUAUGGAGGAGCGGUUGGUUGUAUGUGGUAAUGCCCUGGAGGAAGCUAGGGGGAAAGAAUUUGAACUUGCAACCGAUUAUUACUUAAGCCACACUAUGCAGACUCUUCUUGAGGGCUGUGACGUUAACUCUCUUUGUUCUUUCCUUCGAAGCUGCGCAAAGGACUUCCCUUCUAUUGCAAUGGACCGUUCUGGUUCUCAUGUAGCUGAGACUGCAAUCAAGUCUUUAUCGCAGCAUCUUCAGGACAACGAUGUCUAUUCUGUUAUUGAAGACACUCUAAAUGCAAUAUGCAAGGUGAUUGUAAAGAAUCCUGGUGAUCUGAUGUGCGAUUGCUAUGGAUCUCAUGUUCUACGAAGUCUUCUUUCUCUUUUUAAAGGAGUACCAUUGGAUUCUUCUGAGUUUAACCGGAGAAAGUCUUCUUCAGUCCUUGCAGAGCGGUUGAAUUUCAAGGCAUCUCGAGCAGACACAGAUAUUUCACCACAGGCUGUACAGGGAUUCCCAGGUUUACUUGACUUUCUUGUUUCAGGGAUGUCAAAGUGUAUCCAGAACAACAUUAAGACCAUGCAAGUUGAUCAGUACAGCAGUUUGGUUCUGCAGAGUGCUUUGAAAUUGUUAGCAGGAGAUGAAGAAAAGCUGUUGCAAAUAAUUCCCAUUCUUAUUGGAUGUACCAGGGAAGAAAUUUUAGAAGGAGAUUCCAUUAAAACGACUAAAGCGAGAAAUAUUUUAUAUCUUAUGAAAGAAACAGCAUUUAGCCAUUUAAUGGAGGUUGCUUUGGAAGUGGCUCCUGAAGUCUUGUACAAUGAAAUGUUCACAAAAGUUUUUAGAAACUCAUUAUUUGAGCUUUCAUCUCAUCAUUGUGGAAACUUUGUCAUUCAAGCACUAAUUUCUCAUGCAGGGAGUCAAGAUCAGAUGGAGGUGAUCUGGGAGGAGCUUGGUUCGAAAUUUAAGGAUCUGCUUAAAAUGGGAAAAUCAGGAGUCAUUGCUUCGCUGAUUGCUGCAAGUCAGAGGCUUCAUAUUUAUGAACAUAAGUGUUGUGAGGCCCUUGCUACGGCUAUACAUUCAAGUAAUGAAUCUUCGACAUGCAUUGUUCCCCGGAUACUGUUUCUUGACAGCUAUUUCUACUGUGAAGAAAAGUCUAAUUGGAAUUGGCCAAGCGGUGCUAAAAUGCACGUAAUGGGUUCUUUGAUUCUGCAAGGAGUUUUUCGAUUUCAAAAUGAAUUUAUACAGCCUUUCAUUACAAGUAUUACAUCCCUCAAUGCUGAUAAUAUCCUCGAAGCUGCUAAAGAUUCUGGAGGUGCUCGUGUUAUUGAAGCUUUUCUAAGUUCAGAUGCUUCUGCAAAACUGAAGCGCCGACUAAUCAUGAAGCUUCGUGGACAUUUUGGAGAGCUUUCAUUGCAAUCAUCUGGUUCCUUUACUGUUGAAAAGUGUUUUACUGUGGGUAACAUCUCACUGAGAGAGGCCAUAGUAUCUGAGUUGUUAACUGUGCAAAGUGAGCUUUGGAAUACGAAGCAAGGUCCUCAUCUCAUGAGGAAAUUAGAUGUUGAUGGGUUUGCUGCUAGACCUGAUCAAUGGAGGUCCAGGCAAGAAUCAAAACAAUCAACUUUCAAUGAAUUCUAUUCUACAUUUGGCUCUAGUGAGACCAAGCCGUCAAAGAACAGCAGCUUUCUUUCUGAUGAUUCUAAGAAGACAUCACAACCGAAUAAAAUAAACCAAAUGCGGGAAGAAAUCGCACAUCUCCAGGCAUCUCCUGCGCCAUUUUUGAGUACAACAGGCUUCAAACGCAAACCAAAUAAACCAGAAAAGAGCAGCAAGAAGUUUGCAAGAAAUUCGGCCGAUGAGGAUGUUCCUAAAGUGAAGAAGAAUAAGUCGAAGAAUAUAGUCACAGAUGAGGGGACAUCCCAAUCCAUGGAUAAGGCAGAGAAGAAACGGCACAGAGAGGAUGUUUUGCAAAAAUCCCCUAAGAAGUUGAAAAGAUGAGGAUGUGGAUCAUCUGCUUCAAUCUCAUGUUUUGUAACCUUCUCCAGCGCCGCAGAGGGUAUAAACCCAGUUGGAGAGGGAGAGAUACCAGCCUGGAAGAAGCGCUCCCAAAAAGAAGAAAAAAAAUGCUGGUUGGAUAUAACUAUUUAAUUGCUCUUAGUCUUGAGAUGUUUGAAUUGGUAGCAUAGGCUAACUGAAUUGGAGAAUUUCAUGUGUGAGAGCAAAGUUCUUAGUUCUGUUUUGUUCUUGUUCCUGUUUUUCAAGUUGAGGUUUUUAAGUCAUAGCCUUCUGUAACGGAAUGAUACUGUUCUGUAUGUAUCAAGAAAAUUAUAGAUAAAUUUACUUUCAAAAGCCUUGAAUGAAUGAAAACUAACGCUGCCGAGUUUCCCCA